UCGGAAGUCCGUGGAACAACCGCCGCCUCGGCAUUGGAUGUCGAAAUUCUCGCAGGGGCGCUUCCUAAGCCUCCUGGCUCUCAACCUCCCCUCUCCCCCAAAACCCUUCUCGCCCUCGCCGUCCCUCAUCCUCCUCCUUCGCCGCCGCCUCCCCCUUUCACCGUCCCCGCCGGUCCCCCGUCGCUUCUUCGGAGCCUCGUCGACGCCGAUGGCCCAUCGGGGAAAGCAGACGACGCAAUGGAAGGAGAAGCAGCGGCCUGCAGCCGUGGGAUCUCCUCCCUCCUCACCAGUUACAGCGUCUGCAGUGGCCGAUGGAGUCGGAAGGUUGAGCAUUGCCGACAAUCCUGCUGCCCGUUCACUUCCGAUGCAGCUUGGUGGUGCACCGCUGUCGAACCAGGGAUCCGUGAAGAGCCAACAGAAGGGCUUGUGGAAACCUAAAUCCUAUGUGACUGCUACUAGUGCUGUGGCUGCUCCGGUUGAGAGCACCAUCAGUUCGGUUCCAACAGAGGAGGAGACGGGCAGUAGCGCCAACAACUUGAUGAAGCUGUUCAAGGGUCCCAUCGGUGCACAUUUUAACGUGGAUAAUAACACCUUCUCACACGCACAAAUAAGAGCUACGUUCUAUCCAAAAUUUGAGAAUGAGAAGUCGGAUCAGGAGAUCAGAAUAAGAAUGAUAGAAAUGGUCUCUCAUGGUCAAGCUACAGUAGAGGUGUCUCUCAAGCACUCUGGUUCCCUUUUUAUGUAUGCUGGUCAUCACGGUGGAGCUUAUGCAAAGAACAGUUUCGGAAACAUUUACACUGCAGUUGGUGUUUUUGUCCUAAGUCGAAUGUUUCUUGAGGCGUGGGGCACUGAAGCAGGAAAAAUGCAAGCACAAUUUAAUAAUUUUCUGGAGGAAAAUCGAAUCUGUAUAUCAAUGGAAUUGGUAACUGCUGUUUUAGGAGACCAUGGGCAGCGACCUCUCGAUGAUUAUGUUGUGAUCACAGCUGUAACAGAUUUGGGCCAUGGCAAGCCAAAAUUCUACUCUACUCCUGAGUUAAUUGCAUUCUGCCGGAAAUGGCGUCUCCCCACAAAUCAUGUUUGGUUGUUCUCAACAAGGAAAUCUGUCACAUCUUUUUUUGCUGCAUAUGAUGCCUUGUGUGAAGAAGGAACUGCGACAACUGUGUGUAAGGCUCUCAAUGAGGUGGCAGACAUAUCUGUGCCUGGGUCAAAAGAUCACAUAAAGGUGCAAGGCGAGAUCCUGGAAGGGUUGGUUGCCCGUGUUGUCAGCUGUGAUAGCUCAAAACAUAUGGAGAAAGUUCUGAAAGACUUCCCUCCGCCAGCAUUAGAUGGAGUUGGACUUGAUCUAGGACCAACUUUGCGAGAAGUGUGUGCUGCAAAUAGGUCAGAUGAGAAGCAGCAAGUUAAAGCACUCCUUCAAAAUGCUGGCACCUCUAUGUGCCCUGACUAUGCUGAUUGGUUUGGGAUUGAGGAGUCUGGUGUCCAUUCUCGUCAAGCUGAUCGAUCAGUCCUUUCAAAAUUUUUACAAGCUCAUCCUACUGACUAUGCAACAACAAAGUUGCAGGAGAUGAUACGCUUAAUUAGACAAAGGCAUUUUCCUGCUGCUUUUAAGUGCUACUACAACUUCCACAAAGUCAACUCCUUAUCAAGUGACAAUAUCCACUAUAAGAUGGUUAUCCAUAUCCACAGUGAUUCUGUUUUCCGAAGAUAUCAGCAAGAGAUGAGGAGAAACCGAGGAUUGUGGCCAUUAUACAGGGGUUUCUUUGUCGAUGUUAACUUGUUCAAAGUUGACAAAGAAAGAGCUACUGAUUUUGCAAAAGACAGUAAUUCUUUACUGAAGAAUAUUAAUGGCAACCUCGAGGCCAGUUCAUUAGUGGCAGAUGGUCUUGCAGAUGAGGAUGCAAAUCUGAUGAUCAAAUUAAAAUUUCUGACAUACAAGUUAAGGACGUUCUUGAUCCGAAAUGGUUUAUCUAUACUUUUCAAGGAUGGUCCGUCGGCCUAUAAAACUUACUAUUUGAGGCAGAUGAAAAUAUGGGGAACAUCAGCUGGCAAGCAGCGAGAGCUUAGCAAAAUGUUGGACGAAUGGGCUGUUUAUAUACGAAGGAAGUAUGGAAACAAACAGUUGUCGACAUCAACUUACCUUAGUGAGGCAGAGCCCUUCCUGGAGCAAUAUGCUACUCGAAGUCCACAAAACCAGGUAUUGGUUGGAGCGGCAGGCAACUUGGUUAGGACUGAGAAUUUAUUGGCUAUAAUAGAGGCAGGUAGAGAUGAAGAAGGUGACAUUCAUCAUGAUGUGGAAGCACCUUCAAGUCCCACUCAUGCAGCCAAGGAUACAGUUCUGAAAGAUGAGGGUCUUAUUGUAUUCUUUCCAGGUAUACCAGGCUGUGCUAAGUCUGCUCUAUGCAAAGAAAUACUGAAUGCUCCUGGUGGCCUCGGCGAUAACCGCCCUGUGCACAGCUUGAUGGGUGAUCUUAUAAAAGGAAGAUAUUGGCAAAAGGUUGCUGAUGAGCGUAAGAAAAGACCCUAUGCCAUAACUCUUGCUGACAAAAAUGCACCGAACGAGGAAGUGUGGAGGCAGAUUGAGGAUAUGUGCCGAAGUACAAAGGCCUCUGCUGUUCCUGUCAUACCUGAAUCCGAAGGAACUGAUUCUAAUCCGUUUUCACUUGAUGCUUUGGCUAUCUUCAUAUUUCGUGUACUUCAACGAGUAAACCAUCCGGGAAAUCUGGACAAGGCAUCUCCAAAUGCUGGUUAUGUUUUGCUGAUGUUUUACCACCUCUAUGAUGGCAAGAACCGCAGAGAAUUUGAAAGUGAACUAUAUGAACGUUUUGGCUCAUUGGUCAAGAUGCCUUUGCUCAAACCAGAUAGGAAUCCAUUACCUGAUCCUGUUAAGGAUAUACUAAAUGAAGGCAUAAAUCUUUACAGACUUCACACAAACAGGCAUGGAAGAAUGGAACCUGCCAAAGGCUCAUAUGCAAAAGAGUGGGCUCGUUGGGAGAAAAGGCUGCGAGAGAUUUUGUUUGGAAAUGCUGAUCAUCUUAACUCCAUUCAGGUUCCAUUUGACUACGCUGUGAAACAAGUCCUAGAGCAGCUGAAGGAUGUGGCAAAAGGCGAGUACAAGACCCCUGAUACUGAGAAGAGGAAGUUUGGUAACAUCGUUUUUGCUGCUGUCACACUGCCUGUCGGAGAAAUUAAAAACCUCUUGGAUAAGUUAGCGAAUGAGGAUCCAAAAGCCAAGAGUUUCCUUGAGGACAAAAGCUUGGUGAACAAUCUGAUGAAAGCGCAUGUAACGCUUGCCCAUAAAAGAAGUCACGGUGUCACUACUGUUGCUAGUUAUGGUGUCUUUUUGAAUCAGAAUCUCCCUGUUGAUUUUACGGCAUUGCUAUUCUCUGACAAGGUAGCUGCUUUAGAAGCACAACUGGGGUCGAUCAAUGGUGAAAAGAUAAACUCCAAAAAUGAGUGGCCUCAUGCGACGCUUUGGACUGCACCAGGCACAGCACCGAAGGAGGCUAAUACACUGCCUCAAUUGGUUUCCGAAGGUAAAGCAACAAGGAUCGACAUUGUACCACCAGUUACUGUAAGUGGUGAACUGGAUUUCUAUUAAGUGCUCUGACCAGGCUGCCCCCGCAUCUUGGUGCAAGAAUUGAACCACAAAUUAAUAAAAGGGAGAUUUCCGGAUGAGGCCUGUGGAUUCUGUACAAAGCAGAUAGAUGUUCUAUGCAAGUUGUUCGUUGCAGUUUUGUAGGGAAAUAAGAAAGAUGUUAUAGCCACGUAGUCCAAGAGCAUGUCCUCCUGGGUGUUGUGAUGUUUUGCUUUUAUUUAUCCCAUUAUUUUUAUGAGCUUGAAUUUUUGUAACACCGAGCUUCAGUUUCAACACAUAGGAUGUGAUUCUCAACA